AUGCUAGAUGAUAACAAUAGCGCCCGAUACUGGCCAGACAACUACCCAAACAGCGAGGACUCAACAAACGCUAACAAGCUGACUCGUUCAAAAGACGAACCUAAGCUGCUUCGCUGCAUCCUUGUGCUUACCAGAAAAUUCACGAGAAGAAUCAGAAAACUGCUAAAGCAGAUUUUCUGGAGGCUGAAUAAAAACGCAAAGAAAUAUGCAGCAAAAAAAUUAAGAAGGAGAUCGGCAACUAAGAAUAUAUUUAGAAGCCACGGCUACUCUACAGCUAAUCCUUGCCCAGUGAACGAGCUAUAUUUCGGCUACCUCCGGGAUUUUGGUGCCGUCCUACAACCUGUUGCCCCUGCACCUGGAGAAGCGCCCCGGUCCCGAGAGGCGCCCGGUCCCGAGAAUAGAGCAGAUUUCACCAAUUUUAUCUUUGCUGCCAAGGAAGAAGACACAGAGGGGCCGGGGAUAUCUUCAGUGCCCCCUCUCAUUGCAUCGGGAAAAGAUCGUCUGUUCAACAAGACAAUCCUCAAGACCAGGUAA